GCCCACACCCAACCUGCACCGUCUGCUGUUCGGAGUCAGCGCUGCUCUGCAGUGUUUGUGGAAACAUCAGUGCGACCUCAGCAGCUCGAAACAGCCAGAAGAUCAACCCCCAAACACCAGUUUUACAACCACCCAUCACCGUGCGGCAGCUGCGGCUGCAGGCAUCAUCCAUGAGCUGUCAGUGUGGAUAGUGACAUGUUUACUGAGCAUCAUCUGACUGUAGAGGACAUCUGACUGGUACCAUGAGCAGCACGGUCUUUCAGCAGCAGGCGGUCCCCGGCCUGCUGGAGCAGCAGAAGGUGAAGCAGGGUGGGGGAGGAGGGUCCAUCCCAUGUCAGAGCUGUGGGAAACCCUGUAAAGGAGAGGCCCUCCGAGUUCAGAACAAACACUUUCACAUAAAGUGUUUUGCCUGCAAAGUGUGUGGCUGUGAGCUGGCCCAGGGAGGCUUCUUUGUGCGGCAGGGCGAGUACAUCUGCACCCUGGACUACCAGCGGCUGUACGGCACUCGCUGCUUCAGCUGCCAGGACUUCAUAGAGGGGGAGGUGGUGUCUGCUCUGGGGAAGACCUACCAUCCCCGCUGCUUCGUCUGCUCCUCGUGCAAACAGCCGUUCCCAGCUGGUGACCGGGUGACAUUUAAUGGGAAGGAGUGUAUCUGUCAGAAGUGCACACAGCCCCUCCCCACCAGCAGCCCCGCCCCCAUACAGGCCGUCCACAACUGCUGUGGCUGUGGGAAGGAGUUUAAGAACGAACAGUCCCUCGUAGCGCUGGACAAACACUGGCACCUCGGUUGCUUCAAGUGCAAAGUGUGUAACAAGGUGCUGAACGCCGAGUACAUCAGCAAGGAUGGGAUUCCCUACUGUGAGAUGGAUUACCACGCCAUGUUUGGUAUCCAGUGUGAGAGCUGUAAGAUGUUCAUUACUGGGAAAGUCCUGGAGGCUGGAGAGAAGCACUACCAUCCCACAUGUGCUCGCUGUGCUCGCUGUGAGCAGAUGUUUGCAGAAGGAGAGGAGAUGUACCUGCAAGGAUCAUCUAUUUGGCAUCCACCAUGCAGAUUAGCAGCCAAGCAGGAGGAGAAGAGUAAGAAGCAGGUCCGCAUACAGCUUUGUGAUGAUGUCCCUGAGCAGCAGGUUACCCGGACUUCCUCUGAGAGCAUCACUUCUGUCCCAGCAUCUAGUGCCUCUGGGUCCCCCAGCAGAGUUAUCUAUGCCAAACUGGGAGAGGAGACGUUGGACUACAAGGACCUGGCAGCUCUUCCAAAAACCAAGGCCAUCUAUAACAUCGACCGACCCGACAUGCUGUCCUAUUCUCCUUAUGUCAGCUACCCAUCUGAGGAGAGGCACUAUGGAGAGUCCCCCCAGCUGCUUUCUCCUACUCCUACUGAGGGUGAUGGGGAGAGGUCACCACGUCAGCGCAGGCCCUCCAGCCCUAGCUCUAGCAGCUCCCUGGGGGGUUUCGGGCGGUACACCCCGUCUCGUUCCCCUCAGAACUACAGCCGAGCAGCCCAUCAGGGUGGUGCUAAGUGUCCCUCCACCUCGACCAGGGAUCCCUCCUCCCUCCCUGUGUACUUUUCAGCUGGAGCUGAGGGAAGUAGUGGUGGCGUUGGCAAGUACUCGCCCAUACCCUCAGGUGGCAGCACAAGCUUGACUUUACAGCUGAACCCCACCACCCUGGCCCUGCUACAGCAACACAACUACAUCCCUUAUUUCAGAGGAAGUGAAAGUGGUCGAAGUACCCCCAGCUUGUCCACCUACUCAGACGGAAAAUCACCCUCAUCUGCUUCUACAUACGUGGCUGCUCCACGCCAUUUCCACAUACCAGAGACUAUGGUCAAAGAUAAUAUCUAUAGAAAACCCCCCAUCUACAGACAGCAUGCUUCUAGAACAUCCUGGCAGGAUGGUGAUGAUAGCAAGAGGACUAGUUGGAUGAUCUUGAAGGGUGAGAUUGAUGGUCAGAUGGCUCCAGAAGAUCUGGAUCCCCGCAAAUCCACCUGCAGUUUGCCCACUGACACUUCCCAGCCUAAUUUCCCCUACAACAAGUCUGCUUCUCUACCCGGCUACGGAAGGAACGGCAUCUACAAGGCUGCCGAGAUGGUGGAGGAUGAGGUGGACCCAGACUCCCAGAGCUGGGGGGGCAUGAGAGAGUACAAGGUAAGAGUUUCUAUAAAAAUAAACUUAAGCAUCAUUAGCAAACUUGGUUCCAUUGGUUUAAUGGUUACACCGACUGAUAAAUGUCCCACAAUGCCCCUCCUUGUGCCAGGUCUACCCCUACGAAGUGUUGGCCGUGACCCAUAGAGCGAAAGUGAAGCUUCCCAGAGACGUGGAUCGCACCCGACUGGAGAGACAUCUGUCUCCAGAGGAGUUCCACCAGGUUUUUGGCAUGACUCUGGAUCAGUUUGACCGCUUGGCUCUGUGGAAGAAGAACGACAUGAAGAAGAAGGCUCGCCUUUUUUAGAACGUAAAACAGUCGCAGCAAACAUCUCAACAGCAACCUGCAAGGAAGGAGAAAGUCUCAGCAACCCGUAUGCACCAACGCCCUUCCUGUCCACCUGUGACGCUGCGUGGGGACAUUUUCACACCACCAGGGCUCAUCUCCAGCUUUUUGGACUGAAUGUUUGCCCAGCAGCCUGACAGAGGAGGACGAGGAGCUGUGUUUGCAUGGCCUGUGUUUAUGCUCCUUGCCUCCCAUAAGGCUUUGCAUCUGCCCAACUCCUGCCCCGAUGCUUCUGUAAACCCCGACUACAAAAAGUAAAAACUGCUUUUUCUCAUUUUUGUGCAGGCUGUCAAACAGGUCUCGAUGGACUUGUGUCUCUAGUUUGUCUUUUCUGAAUGCUGAGUCAUCAUAGUGCUGCAGUCGCCUCUAGGUUCAUCUUUUUGGUUUUGACACCUUUACUUUUGUGAACCUGCAGAAUUUAUCACCUGUUAAGCAUGUAAAGGCCAAAGAGCAGGAAAACCAGUCCAUCCUUCAGGAACCAUCACAAACACCUCCUCAUAAGCUACUGGUGUUCACAGAGCUUAUCUAAUUUUAAUGCAUAACAAAAAUACUUUUAGUUAAAUGUCUUAAAAAACCCUCAUAAUUAACACAAAUAAGGAAAACAGCGUGUAGCAGAAUGAGUUAGGGUCACUCAGUAAAAAAUUUAUAUUUUUGUCUCUCAGCUUUAAGUCAGAACGUUUGGAAAAUUUUAACAGUAGAAUAAAGUCAAGAUGUGACGACAGAUGAUUAUUAUUUACAGAAAAAGUUUCAGUCAUGAAGAAUAUUACAAACCUUUCAUUUUGACAUCUUGACUUUAUUCUUACCGUUCUUUUGGUUUUUGGGGGUAAAUAUUUGGACUUUUUUUCAACAUCUAAACUUUUUUUCCCCUCGUCAUCUUCACAUAAACAUCCAAAGGAAACAAAUCAGAAUUUUCUGUUAGUUUUAUUCCCUCUGUGUGACCCUGUGUGUGUUUGGAACCAGCCAAGUUAGAAAAGACAAACGUCAGCUUUCAAAUGAACUAUUAUGACUUUAUUUUAGACAUUUACAGUUUAGCCUGGAACAAUCAUUAAAACGUGAGGCCAUCAGUGUUGACGUUUUAUCAAAACUGGGAAACCAAACAUUUAUAUUUAAGGAGAAGGCUCUAAUAUGCUGUUAUAAUGAUUAGACAGAAUGCUGGUUCACAUGGUAGAGUGCAGAUGUCAGAGCAACAUGAACACAUUUAAGGAAAUAACUGAUUUUGAGGCUUCUGAACCAUCCUGAGAUGGAGCAAAUCUCCAGUUUGUUCCUAUGAAACCUCAUGUUGCUGCUUGACUAACCUGCAACAGCUGUAAAGGUUGGUUUAUGCUUGACGCGUCCGCGAGGUCCGCACGGCUCCGCGCGGAAAAGUUGCGUCAUUUUGCGUCAUUUUAACAACCUCGCCCCUCCACCGCGUCUCCGCACGGCCCAAGAUUUCCGCAACGCGCACCUCGGAAAAUUUCUAACCACGCGGACGGACGGACGCGGAAAAACAUGGCGGACCGGCAAGAACUAGUAUGGCAGAGGUUCGUAAAUACAGACAUUUGUAUGAUUCAGCUCUCAGAGAUCACCGUGAUCAACAUGUUGUUAAUAAUUCUUGGAGAGAAAUAGCUCGCUCUGUCGGAAAAGACGAGGACGCUGUUAAAAAUGCUAAAAUGCCAUGUUGUAAACAGUAAUUUCUACUUCUACUAUGGUGUAGUGUUGGGUGCAUGCCGUAGAGCUCCAUGCUGCCCCCUACAGUUUGGGAGAAUAUUGGCUCACCGCAGAGACGAGCCGCACGAUCCAUAAACGCUGCGAGUUGUGAAGCGCGCUUCAUCCACGAGCCACAUCACCGCGCGGAAAGUGAAUGCGUCAAGCAUAAACCAAGCUUUAGACGGCAGACAUGUUGGUAUCAGACACUCAUGUCUUCACUGGGUUCAGCCAUCCUUCACUUUCUCUGAAGGCUUUGCUGCGUACCGUCAAAGCUGCUCUGACUCCUGUCAGCUUUGCUUGAUUUUCUGGACCAUUAACUUACCAACAUAUACUGGCUGUAUGGUAACAUAUACUGGGCAUAUACCAGCUCUACCUGUCUGUACUCACGCCAUGGUGUAUAACUCUCUAGGUUUGCAUGAGGGUGGACAUGAGGCUCCUCCAUUAGAAAUGUACGGAAACAUCAUCAACGUUUGAGUGGUUCCUUCUUUUAUGAUCAAAUGAAAUUGACUUUGCUUGUGUUAUGUAUUUAUUUAACUGCUACCAUAAGGAAGGGAUUUCAUUUAGAGUUUAUUCUGGUGUGGUGUGAAAAGCUUAAGCAUCACAGGAGGAGUGCAGAUGAAGAGAAGCAUAUCACAGCCUGAGUUUAUCCCGAGUGUCUGAUCAAAUGUAAGUAACAUUGUUGUCAUAAUCUUUAUGUACUCUUUCUAAUAUUCAUCUGCUAUUAAAGUGCAUUAUUCAAA